AUGGCUGCUAGUGAAGUGGAACGAACCAAGGAGGGUGUCCCCAAGUGGGACGGCAGUGCCAACACGUUUACUGCAUAUGAAGAAGCUUGCUACUUAUACGAAGCAGGAACGGAGAUGCACAAGCAUGCUUUGUGUGGUCCUCGACUGAUCUCGGAGCUGAGUGGGGCAGCUAAGAGGAUGGUGUCGGGGAGGACGCCCACCUGGGUGUCGAAUUACGACGGUGUGCGAGUACUACUGGAGUUUCUUCGCCAAUGUUUAGGGAAGCCCCAAAUCCCUGAGAUGACGGAGCAUCUUUCCAAGUACUUCAAACAUUGUCGUCGCAAAGCACAAGAGUCUAUGAACGAGUAUAUCACCAGAAAGGCAGAGGCCUAUCUCCGAGCAGAGCAAGCCUUGCAGCGUGUGAUUGCAAGUCAGAAGAAGAAGCCCGGAACACACAAGGUGAACACCCCGACCGAGGAGACCGGCGGCCGCCAGGAUGCGUGGAGCUGGUACCCGAGCCGACGCAGCAGUGUGGACAGCUCCAAUGAGCCUACGGCCGAGCCAGACGAGCCGGACGAUGAUCAAGGAGACGUGGCCAGUACACAAGAUACCUGGCGAGACUGGCAGAGUCAGGCUACAUCAUGGUCAUGGUCAUGUGGGCACUACGACUCCUACUACCACGGGGGAAUGUGGGGUGGGUGGUCCUACCCGUAUGGCGGCCACAACUGGUGGCAGCCCAGGCCAGAAGCAGCAGUGACCAAGGCCGAACUGCUGCCAUCCUUCGUUCAAGGGUGGUACCUACUACAAGACGCGAAUCUCAGUCAGACUGAGAGGAACAUGGUACAGACUGCCCUGGGAGGAUGCUACGACGUGGACCGAGUGGUGCAGGAGCUGCGAAACCAGUGGAGCGAUCAUGAAGUGAAGCAUCGUGACCAAGGGCGUCACACGGGCUACCUCGGUGAGGCGAUGGGUGAAAGUGACGGCCACGAGGAGGAGGACGCCGGCGAGGCCUGGAUGUCCAAGGCGGAGCUUGACGAGGAAGGCCAUGCGGCACUACAGGCAGCGGAACAAGAAGCACAAGAGGCUAUGGCUGCCAUCUCAGCGGGGAAGCGGACUCUUAGGGAGGCCCGGUUCCGACAACACCAGGUGAAGCUGGGACGGCAGUACUACCGCAAUGGCCCUCGCAGUCAGAGCAGCUCCUCAGGCACCACCUCCACUCGUGGUGGCGGCGGUCACAGCCACAACAGCGAUGCCAACAUGACGUGUUUGAAGUGCGGCAAGGUGGGACACCGAGCUGCAAACUGCAAGGAUGGACCCAACAAAGCCUUGCAGGUGGAUGAGCCCCAGGACGAGCAGGCACCGUUCGUCUGUUUCGGAGAACACGGAGCGGUGGGCUACGCCAGUCUAGAAGAGACGGCCAGUGCCUACUUGGGAACGGAGGCAAUGACUACAUCCGAAGCAGUUCGUGAAGGACAUGCCAUCAUUGAUGGCGGUGCUACCCGGACGUUGGCCUCAGUUCAUGCGCUCGAGUGCCUCAUGAGACAGAAUGAGGCCCUCCACGGGGAUGCUCGGAUCCACAAUGUAGAUGUGGAAAACACGCCCACGUUCGGCUUCGGCAACUCGAGCUCUGAUCGCUGUGUGAGCACUGUGAAUGUAGGCCUCAAGGCAGACGGGAAGGAUGGUGAAAUCACCAUCCACCCCCUCAACAAGGGCGAAGGGCCGAUUUUGCUUUCCGUGGCCACCUUGCGGAAUCUAGGGGCGGUUUUGGAUUUCAGCAAUGACCUGGUUGUUUUCCGUCGGUUGAAUAAGAAGAAGAUUAUCAAGGUGGGCCGUUCGGCGACGGGGCACCAGACCCUAUCCCUGAAGGAUGAUUUGUACGCCAAUGCUGAAGAAGCCACUCAGGAGAUUCCCAGCCUUCGGGACUUUCUGCCAAAGACCAUGGACCGCAUGACCAAGGAGGAGAUGUUGCGGCUGUUGACCGAGAUCGGCGAGCACGUUCCGGACAACUGGACCCGAGCCGAGGUCCAACAUCGUAUGGAGGGUUGCUACAAGGCCCGCAGCAUCGACGUGAAGACGGCCUUCAAGAAGCAGAAGACGCCGCUUCGCACCAAGAUAGCCCAGCUCAACACUGCCUCCCGGAAGAAAGCGGACCUUGUCAAGUUGCUCCAGGAGAAAUUCAUGAUGGACGUGAACCCGCUCCAGACGAUCAAGCAACUCCAGGGAAAGGCCCUGGACUACAUCUACGAGCACACGGCGUGCUCCCCCGACGACCAAGUAUCCUUCGGAAGGCACGCCCAGAUGACCUACGUGGAAAAGGAAUGCUGCAUCCACCUUCGGCGCUUCGCCAUGUGGCUGGAGCAAGAAGAUGGAACCGAUUCCCGUCGGGACGGGGCGCGAGCGGCACCAUCGGCAUCCAGUGCGGCCAGCGAGGUCUCGAUCAAGACGGAGGUACUCCAGGACUUGGCGCACUCCGUGGCAGCGCUACGCGAGGAAGUGGCGAACAUGAAGGAGGAGCGACCUCGGAAGAAGGAGAGUCGCAGCGAGUUUUCGUUGGUGAGCACACCAGCGGAGCAGGAUAAGUGCCGCCAGCUUAGCGUGGGGUGUGCCUCUCGGUUAGAAGAUGCGGCCUGGAGCCUAGUUCCCAAGACUUUUCAUGAUCUGGUCAAUCAAGGGCGCCCUGUAUUGAUGGAGAUCGGCUGUGAGCUGAGCUACCAAGCGGUGAAGAUGGAGUGCGCAGGACAGACAGGACUCCCAGAGGCCUUUGGACGAGGGGAGUUUUGUGUUUGCGGAGACCUGGCAUGGCCAGGCAUUCCGCGCACGUUGUUCAGUGAUGGGGAUAGGAACCAAAUUGAGGAGCUGGCCAAGCAGCUGCGAACUCAGGACAAGUAUAGCUACAACGAUUGCGAGGGAUUCCUUGAAGCCUUCCCCUCUAGUGCUAUGAAAGGUAAGCGAGAGAUGGUGAUAGGAAAGGCCACCGAGUACCGGACGUUCGGUGCCUUCAGUCAUGGGGGACAGUAUGGCACGACCGUGGUGUGCCACCAGUUUCCUGAGACCGUAAAGUACUUGAACGCCUUUCUCAGGAGCAAGACUCGUGAGCAUGACCAUUGGUCAUCAUUCACCAUCAAUCGGAACCAGAAACUUCCGAUUCACCGAGAUGUGCACAACCAUGCCCAGGAGCUCAGCAUGAUUUGUGGGUAUGGCAUGGCCCACAGCCAUGGACUGGCAACAGAAUCACGCUUACUGCCUACACGAGUCGAGGUGUGA